AUGAUCCGUGGGCAGAUAUUGGCAGCACUGUUGCUGUUGGGGAUUGCUGCAAAGUGGCAGCAAGCGAAGUGUGGCCACGCCCACUCCUACGCCCACCAGACGGGUCCCGUGGUGGGUCCCGCCCAUCCAGUCACAGUGGGGCACGCCGGUUACGGGGGAUAUGGACAUGGACAUGGAGGACACAGUGUGGACUACGUGGCGUACCCGAAGUACGAGUUCGAGUACGGGGUGUCUGACGGGCACACAGGGGACCACCACUCCCAGAAGGAGCACCGCGACGGAGACGUCGUGACUGGCGAGUACUCGCUCAAGGAGGCGGACGGCAGCGUGCGCACCGUCAAGUACCACGCCGACAAGUCCGGCUUCCACCCCGUCGUGCACCACUCGCACCAUGGCUACGGCGCUGGAUUUGCUGCCGGCGCUGGUGGUUACAGACACGGUCACAGCUACUACUGAAGGCACUUCGUACCAUGCGCUCUGAAACGUUCAAGUUCGG